GAUAAACCAAAAAAGGCUUUUUGAACUGUUGUUCUGGACGCCACUGCUCUGAGCAGCGACCAGAGCAGCUUUGUCUCCUUCGUCGUCCACAACAGUCUCAACGCUGUCCAAGACGUCCUGGUGCCUUCGUAGACAUCAUCGAACACGCCCUGGACCGGCACUAAUUGCUAUAAUUGACUUUGUGUGCGGCAACUUGCCGUUGUAAUCACGAUCGUUGCCAACACGCUGCACGGAUAUAUUUUACCGACCAUCUGCAGCUCGCCAGCAUCACUCGCGGCCGCCUCACCUUCAUUCUGUUCAGCCACCCGUUGCACUUUAGAACUUCUGCAAUUGCCGGGAACAUCGACUUGUGAACACCCUUGCAAGUGCACCUCGAAUGUCCUCGCAGAGCGCUAUCAAUCGCAGGUCUUUCCAUUCUCCUUCGAGCAGUCGCCAUUCCAAAAUCACGGUCGAGUACCAUCGACCCUCGAGGGAGUCUAUACAAGAGUAUAACGAUCUCUUAGCCGAGGCUAAUCUACACGCCGCCCAAGCCGCCAAUUACCAGGAUCCUUUUGUACCCUUGCGGCAAGCACCAGCCCCGCCGUCGUCGUCGAUACCUAUCAGCUCUUCCCCACCUAAGGGCUCGUCGACACCCCCUCGAGUUCGUAACUCUCUCCAGAAGCCUCCUCCUUCCCGGAAGCACAGUUUGCCAUCUAAAGGCCUUGAUACCUCGGCAAAGAUCCUUGAACACGAUCCUUUUGCGGCCAACAAUAACGGCUCCAGUAACAUGAUGAGCGGCACUGCCCCUCCUCCUCGCCCAUCGCGGGCCAACACGACUACUCUGCAUGAUAUCUAUACCACCCCGAAUCAGCAGGCUCACCACCGUCUUUCCGAUCCCAUUAGCUUGCCUCCAGAAGCCGCCUUCUACGGUAACCUCACCGACCCUCCACCUCCACCACCUCUCCCUCCAAUGCCUGAUGCUUCAUCAGUUAGUGGCCCCAUACACUCAAGCAUUGCUUCUGGCAAUUCCAUUCGUUCGCGGAGCGCAACAACCGCGACAAAGUCAAAAAAGGGCAUGUUCAAUUUCAUGUCUGACUUUUUGAACAGCAGCAAGCGACCGGAGAUCAGUACACCUUAUGACCCCGUUCACUUGACUCACGUCGGUUUUAAUUCUUCGACGGGCGAGUUCACGGGGUUGCCCAAGGAAUGGCAGCAGUUGCUGCAGGAGAGUGGCAUCUCCAAGUCGGAGCAGGAGAAGAACCCGCAGGCGGUGAUGGAGAUUGUGAAGUUCUACCAGGAAGGCCGAGGGGAUACAUCUGUUUGGGAUAAGAUGGGCACGGUACCAGCACCUGUAUCAGUGCCACUUGCAGGAGACGGUCUACAGCAUCCUCGUCCUGCACCUCCUCCUCCCAAGAAAUCCCACUCCCAACCUGCUCCAUCGACGCCAUCAUCCUACCGUCCCGCUCCCGCUCCUCCCGUUCCAUUGACCCCCACUCUUGAUCGAUCCACAUCCCAACGUCUGCCCCCUAGUGCCAGCAAGAUCUCAAAGAGCGCUGACCAGCUUACACGAGCUAAUACCACACGCGAUCGGCAUUCACCCGGUCCUGGGCAACAUCAUGGACAUCACAGCCCCGGUCACAUACCCCCUGCACCUUCUGGUCUUCCACCUUCAAAACCGAAGACAUCACCGGGUUCAUCUGCGGCAGACCUUUCGAAAGGUUCGUCCACAUCAAGAGAAGGUGUGCAACGGUCGAACACGCAACAAGCACCGAGUCCUGCUACAGCUAGUCUGCAAAAGGCGGCUGCCGCUGGAGGAGCUACCCCACGGCGGAGGGAAAAGAAGGACAAAGAUAAAGAAGCCGAUAUCGUCAAGCGAUUGCAACAAAUAUGUACUGAUGCAGAUCCUACAAGACUGUAUCGUAACCUGGUGAAGAUUGGUGCAGGUGCUUCUGGUGGCGUAUAUACGGCGUAUCAAGUCGGCACCAAUAUGUCAGUAGCCAUCAAACAGAUGGACCUAGAAAAGCAACCGAAGAAGGAUCUCAUCAUCAACGAGAUUUUGGUCAUGCGGGCUUCGCGUCAUCCUAAUAUUGUCAACUACAUCGACUCGUUCCUCUACAAGAAUGAGCUCUGGGUCGUCAUGGAAUACAUGGAGGGCGGGUCGCUUACAGACGUUGUCACCGCCAACCUGAUGUCCGAGGGCCAGAUUGCUGCUGUUUCAAGAGAGACGGCGCUUGGUUUGGAACACCUCCACAAACACGGAGUCAUUCACAGAGAUAUCAAGAGUGACAAUGUGCUGUUGAGCAUGAACGGCGACGUGAAACUUACUGAUUUCGGCUUCUGCGCGCAAAUCUCGGAUGGUAACUCCAAACGGACAACCAUGGUUGGCACACCGUAUUGGAUGGCACCUGAGGUCGUGACUCGCAAAGAAUAUGGCCCUAAGGUGGACAUAUGGAGUUUGGGUAUCAUGGCAAUUGAAAUGAUUGAAGGAGAACCCCCAUACCUCAAUCAAAACCCUCUGAAGGCAUUAUACCUCAUUGCCACGAAUGGUACCCCGACAAUAGCGAAUCCUGAAUCGUUGUCACCAACGUUCAGAGAUUACCUGUCGAAGACGCUUGAGGUGGAUGUCGAGAAGCGUCCGACAGCCACCGAACUUCUCGAGCACCCUUUCUUCAAGCUUUGCGAACCCCUUCGUACACUUGCACCCUUGAUCAAGGCUGCUCGAGAGAUUGCGAAGUCGAGAUAAUGCGGGAGUUGUUUAUUUCCUUUCUUGCCAUCAAGGACUCUUUGGAUCCCUCUUUACCGUUAUUCGUUUCCUGCUCCAUCAUGACGCCUUCUUGACUGUUUCUGGUUACACAGUCCUAUUUUCCUGACAUUCCUGUCCGUUUGUAUUACCCUUCCCAACACGUUGUUUCGUAACCAAAUUCCCCUCACAUCUGUCCGUAAGUUUCUCCCUCUUUGCGGUGUGUGCUAUACUAGGUUGCCCAUGCAUUGUGUUUCAUAUCUGAUUGUCUCAUUACGACUUCUGUCAUAUUUUAUAGAGCCUCGAUUUUCGCCCGUUUUUCUCUUUUCGUUUUCGUAGCUUCGGUGGAAUCGUAGGUGGUUGCCAUUGCAUCUGGUGGAUGAUGAUAUACAUUGAAACAUUAACAAAGCAUGCAAAGCUGGUAUUACAGAGUCUAUAUAAUAGAGCAAUUGCAGAUAAUAAAUUAGCAUUGCAAAGACGUUCUUCCCAGUGUUCGAAUUAGCAGUAUGUGGCAUUAAAGAGUAGUUCGCCACGCGCUACCACAAUGCUUGCCAGCCUAAGACUUUGUUCAGCAAAAGCACACUGUUAUGCUAAUCAUUUUGCUCACC